AGUCGUUACACUGGUGGUGCGUAUUUCAGAAGAUGAGCGUUCUUUCAUGCCACAUCCAAAAUGCUCUUUGUAAGUUUCGAUUGAUGAGUGCACAGAAGAGCUUUCUGUCAACCACACACUUUGGGUUUGAAACAGUAGAAACCAAGGAUAAACAAUCGAAAGUAAAUCAUGUGUUUGAGAACGUAUCCAAAAAAUAUGACUUGAUGAAUGACAUAAUGAGUUUUGGUGUUCACCGUUUUUGGAAAGAUUGCUUUGUAAACCGAAUUAUGCCAACAGAUAAGCUCAAGUACUUAGAUGUUGCAGGCGGAACAGGUGAUAUUGCCUUUAGGUUGAUUAAGUAUGCUAAACAUAUUAAUGGAGUGCCGGAAGUUAUGGAUAUGAAACCUUUCAUGGCUCCCGACGUCACAGUUUGUGAUAUUAGUCCAUCCAUGAUGGAAGUAGGGAAAUCACGUGCGGAAGAAUUGGGGUUUUCUUCCAUUCAGUGGAUUGAAGGAAAUGCUGAAAACCUCCCAUUUGAUGAUAAUUCAUUCGACGUUUAUACUAUUGCUUUUGGAAUACGCAAUUGCACACAUAUUGAAAAGGUUGUUUCAGAAGCUUAUCGAGUUCUACGUCCCUGGGGGCGAUUUUACUGUUUGGAAUUUAGCAAAGUUGAAAAUAACUUAUUCAGAAAAUUAUAUAAUGCAUAUUCUAUGCAGUUAAUACCUGUAAUUGGUCAACUUAUUGCAGGUGAUUGGAAUUCAUACAAAUAUUUAGUUGAAAGCAUUCGUAAAUUUCCUGACCAGGAGGAAUUCGCGCAUAUAAUUACACAAUCAGGAUUUCAUGCUGUUGAUUGGAUUAAUUAUUCAAAUGUGAACGGAAGAGCUCCAAUCUAAUACAACUGUCCUUUACUGCAUGGCGCCAUAUCAUAAGCUGACCAUUGCUUAGGUAUUUCCUGAGGUCGGUAAGUUAUGUGCACUAUGAAAGCUACUAAAACUUUUCAGGAUGGCAACACCGAGUAACACAUCCCCGUUUUGGGUAGGCCAGGUUCGAUAAACAUGUAGCAAAACUGCUCAAAUAGCAGCGUUGUAAAUGCGACCUAUUGUGGUCAACUGAACUGUGCGAAAGCUGGUACAGAUAAAUGAAAGGUGUAGGAGCCGUUGAUUGAAAACAUUUAACGUGGUAUUGUUGAGUUCUUACUGUACCAUUUAGUCGGACAGUACCCAAGUAACUUUUGGCAGAAAGCAUUACCUGUUUGACUUUCAGACCUAAUGCCAAACCUACAUUGUCAGACAUGAGAAGUUGCUCCUUUGCCUCUAACAUGCACGAAGAUCGAGUCUUGCGGGAUCUCUGUACUCUCAAGUGGAUGACCCUUUUUGGAUCUUGUAUACAGGAUUCGGUGACAGCAGAGAUCGAUGACACGAGAUUCUAGUCCUAGUUAAUGUAACCUGUUGUCUGAUUUGACAUAGUGUUCGAAUAUUAAAAGGCUACAUAGUUUUGAGACAGGUUUCAGGAAACCAGUACUUACGUUUCACAGAUUCAAGCUAUUAGCACUGGUCGCACCUGUAUCAACGGGAAAGUAUGCUCCAGUAUUGUUAUCAACUGUACAGAAUGUAUAACUAUGAUACUUGCUGGUGUCAACCACAUCAAGAGUCACUGACGAGCAAAUAUCCUUUUCCUCUGAUUGAUGGCUGGAAACUACACUGUAGUAGAUGAUACUAUACUUGAUUUACAAACGUAUGGUUAUGCCAAUAAAUACUCAGUCAGCAUAUUUUUUUAUCACAACCAUCAAAGAAAAACCAACUUGACUUCAAAUGAAAUACAUUUUGUGGAGAUCGAGUCCUAAACUAAUAGUUAGGAAUGCGACUUCAAUGUUAAUGUUCAAAAUACAACGUCUUUCUGUUGGUAGAUCGAAUUUCAAAAUUUUGAUCUUUAAUAAAUGUCUGAACUAUUCAACAGUUAAAUUCACUUGGUUUUGUUUGUUUGAAUCUUCCAACUGAUGCUUAGGACUGCAAUUGAUCAAUCUCUUAUUGGCAUAUGUGCAUACUGUGCGAAUAACCUAGUUAUAACCUUAAUGCGCAGGCAUUAUAAGCAAAGAUCAAUCGUCUCAAGCUUCACUAUUCCUUCGUUUCCACACCAAACAUUUUCUGUUCUCAUUCUCUUUUCUUCGAUCUCCCUCCAGGCAUUUCACUUUCGAUUGAUGACAUACUACUUAUAUUUGUCGACAUCAGUAGCACAC